CGACCCAAUCACAGACUUGACUACUCGCGUGGCUCCUCCCCAACCAACGCCUCACUUCGCCCCGCCCCCGCCACGAGCCUGGCUUCCUUCCCCGGAAGAACCGCGUAGCCGCGCCCCCGCAGCGCCGGGCUGACCCCCCCCCCCGCCUCCGCGUCUCCAUGGAAACGGUACGCACUGAAGCCGAGUGAGGAGCGCGAUGGCGGCCGGGGAGCCGAGGGAUUUGGGCAGCUACUACUUCAGAUUCCUGCCUCAGAGAACCUUCCAGUGUCUGAGCACCCAGGAGACCACCAGCCGGCUCCGCCAGUGGUCCAUGCUGGGCAGAGUCGCGGCUCAGGCGUUCGGCUUCGACCAGACGUUCCAGGCCUAUCGCAAGGACGACUUCGUCAUGGCUUUUUUUAAAGACCCAAAUGUUAUUCCUAAUUUGAAGUUACUUUCAGAUUCUUCUGGACAAUGGAUUACAUUAGGAUCUGAAGUGAAAAAAAUUGAAGCCACAAAUGUUCCUUGUACACAGCUUUCAAUGUCAUUUUUUCAUCGGUUAUAUGAUGAAGAUAUUGUACGCGAUGAUGGACAUAUCAUUAAGUGUUUAGAUUCUUUUUGUGAUCCCUUUCCUAUAUCUGAUGAAUUACGAAAACAGCACCGAGCCCGUCACACCGCCUCACUGAGGCCUGCCGAUAACCACCUUCCGCAGGCGGCUCACAAGUCUGGCUCCUUAACCACAUUGCACACCUCCUCCCUGAGGGCCCCAUGUGGAAGCACACGGGGAGAUCAGCCGCAGGUUUUGCUAGUGGAAGACUCAGAAAAAUAUGAAAUAUUUAGCCAAGCUGAUAGAGAAGAGUUCCUGUUUUGUCUUUUCAAACAUCUUUGCCUUGGUGGAGCCCUUUGUCAGUAUGAAGAUGUGCUUAAUCCAUAUCUGGAAACAACAAAGCUUAUCUAUAAAGAUCUAGUGAGUGUUCGAAAGAAUCCUCAAACCAAGAAAAUUCAAAUUACCUCUUCCAUCUUUAAAGUUACGGCAUACGAUUCCGCUGGCAUGUGCUACCCUUCAACAAAGUCUCAUGAACAGACAUUUUCUUACUUUCUUGUGGAUCCGAUCAGGCGUCAUGUUCAUGUUCUAUACCACUGUUACGGUGUGGGGGAAAUGUCUUAACAGUAGUCUUUCAGAUUAUCGAUUUUACUGUUUUUACCAAUUUUUUAUUUUGACGUCAUUUUAUAGGUAAACAUCUCCUUGGCCAGUUAAUUUAAGUAAAAUGUAGAGAAGCCGCAUAGAACAGAAGGACACGGUACAAGAUGCCUGUCUUUAAAUUUGCCUGGAGUGGUAGCAUAGGGACCGAACUCCAUCCCUUCCACGGCCUACACCAAUAUAGUUGUGGACACUUGACAGAAAGAUACAAGGAACUAAAAAUCCAGUCCGUAUUUGUCGCAUUAGGAUUCAAGUAAGGCCUCGAUUUUCCACGUAUUUUAUUUUAGAAGCUAAUUAAUUUUAGCUUGAAACGGUGGCAGAAAACUGACCAUCUCUCCACUGAUCAUUAUUAUCAACUGUUAGCUUUUCAAAUUUGAGUUUCAUUUCAUUGCAUUUCUUCGUCGCAUAAAGAUUUACACGUCCAGGGGUGUAAAAUGCAUAACAAUUCCUUUGCUUCGUUUGUCCCAGUUAAAAUCCUCAAUAAAAAAAGUCAUGUUCUGA